AUGGGGCUGUGCCAUGUACCGUUCUGUUUGAUGGGCGACUUUAAUGAGAUCCUGCAAGUCGAAGAUCGCAAAAGGGUGAACAGUCUACUGGCAUCAGCGGAGGAGUUUAAGAGUCAGGUACAUGACAUGCAGUUGAUGGAUUUACCGCUUACUAAUAGGAAGUUCACCUGGUUCAGGGGUCAAUCAUGUAGUCAAAUUGAUAGAGUUCUGGUAAAUAUAGAAUGGGCAAAGGAGUUUCCAGAUAUACGGCUAAAAGGUGGACCAAUGGGAUUGUCAGAUCACUGUCUGUUGAUUGUGGAAGAUACAAGAGUAAGAAGAGGCCCCCGAACCUUCAGAAGCCUGGAUUUCUGGUUUACACAUGAGAAUUUUCUGAGAAUGGUCAAAAAUGAAUGGAGAGGUUUGGGAGAUGCUCAGUUCACAUGUAAACUGAAGGCCUUGAUGAUACCUUUGCGGCAAUGGCAUCAGAAUAACUUUGGUGACAUGGAUAACAAGCUAAGGAGGUUUGAGGAAGAGAUCAGGAGGCUUGACAAUAUGGUUAGUGAUGGCAUCUAUGAUGGUAUGACGGAGGCUAGAAGGAAGGCAUUGGUGAGCUUUUGUGAAAAGUGGUAUGUUAGGAAGAAAAUCCACUGGAAGCAGAUGUCUCGGUCCAAACAUGCUAGGAACAUGGAUAAGAAUACCAGAUAUUUUCAUAACAUUGCCUCGGCUAGAAGAAGAAAUAACAGGAUAGAUGUUCUGAUGAUUCAUGGAAGGCUUGUGCGAAAUGAGACAAGGAUAAAGGUGGCAAUUAGGGGGGUUUACAAGGAUCUGUAUCGUCAGGAAUAUGCUCCGAGGAUUGGUGUUCGGGAUGGUUUGUUGAAGUAG